AUGCAGAAUGGGCAAGUGCUCCAAUUUACGAAAGGAUCGCUUCAGUGGAACGACACUCUCCGAGUGGACGGCUCAAGAUUACCACAGCCCUUACUCGUUACUGCUCAUCUCGAGGAUAGGGACCAAAAGCUGAGGCGACGCGAAGUCAGUGGACUGGCGCUAUUCACCCCUUAUGCGGAAAAACAGGUCCUCAUAUUCGAGCUUGGUGCAAGAUCUUGGAAUUCUUCCUCCGACAAUUGCCAAGUCGGCAAAUGGGACAACGGGAAUUUCGGUGACCUUCUGGGGGGUUUGCUCGGUGACGCGUUCUUCCCGGAACGACAGAUGAGCUGCGAUAUUGAAGCCGAAUAA